CACUGGUGAAAGCUGCAGGACCCAAGACCCUCUGUCUGGACAGUGCUGGAGAGUGCUGAUUGGCCCUGUUCUGAUCACAUGUACUCUCCUAAGAAAAAAAAAAAAAGCUCUCUAGCAAUACACACCAAACAGAGCAUGUGCAGCUUGCCUCCAAGCCUCUGUUCUAUCAGGAGUUAUGGGGACCGUAGAAGAAGGGGAGUAUCAGAGAAGACAGGAUCAAAUAGCCUUUUUACACAAUGUCGAGGAUUAACCCCUUCGAUUCCACAGUGAGUAUAACAAGCAUGCUUUACUGCAUAUACAGACUGAUUUUACUGUUGUGGGUUUAG